AGUUUUGUCUCGAAGAACUGAGACAACAUACUGAGUUAUGCAUGCCAUACUAUGAAUCUAGUGAUGAUUCAGAAGUUGCAUUACCCCCUGUGUUAUCAAAUGAGGUGACCCAUGAAGAGGAAAACAAUGAAAUAACUGAAACUGAAUCUGCUUUUCGAAUAAGCUAUGAGUACAUUCCAGAAACAAGAGAUCAAAAGCAGGAUAAUGCUAAUAACAACGAAGAAUUUGAUCUCAAUGCAAACAUUAACAACAUCAUCAGUUAUUGCAUUGAUAAUCAAGUGAAUUCACCAGUCGAGAUAUUACGGUAUAUGCAGCAGAAGUUAGUUCAAGGUCGAAGUUUAGAAAUAACUGAUAUUGCGGUUCAUGAUGACAGACCAACAAAUUUUAUCAUGGUUGAUCGGGCCAAUCUUAUUGAAACUGGUUUAGAAGAGAUACGGGAACUGCAAAAUAAGUUGAUUUGUUUAUCUGUGCAGUUUUAUGGUGAGUUGGCAGAAGAUUAUGGAGGGCCAAGAAAAGAGUUUUUUCAACAGAUAAUAAGAGAAAUCAAAGAAAAAUACUUUGAUUGUGAAAUAAACUUGUUUCCUUUAAGUGAUUAUUAUGAUAUUGGAAUAGUUUUUGGCUUGAGUUUGCUUCAGAAUGGCCCAUUUCCACAGUUUUUGGAAGAAGAUGACCUGCAAAAAAUAUUUUUUAACGAAGAACCUGGCAAAUUCAAUGAACUCCGAAGAGCUUUCAAGGAUCUUGGAAUUUUCCAAAUUGUGGAAGCCUUUCCUAUCAUGCUACACCUUUUCCGACCCAAUCCUAAUGCUACUUUCACUUUUAAAAAACUGGUCAACUUGCUUCAGCCAAAAUGGGCAGCUGAAGGGUCAAACGAACAUUACAGGCAGAAAAAGCUUUAUCCGUUAUUAAUGAAAUAUUUGAGGCAAGCACAUGGUGGAAAACGUUCGGGUGUUUCGCUUCCCGAUGUACUAAGGUUUGUCACUGGAAGUGAAGAAGAGCCUUUGUUAGGAUUUGCACUGGCCCCUUCGAUAAAAUUUGUUCCGGUGAUGUAAGAAGGUCGAUUUCUUCCGACAAGUAACACUUGCAUUAAUCAAUUGCAAUUACCAAUGGAAAGUAAUGCUAUUUCCCUUCCAGACGAAAACGCUCUGUUCGGUUUAUAUGACUUAGCCUUUUCUAGUCGAUUUUUUGGACAAAUUUAAAAGUCGUCGACAGUUUUAUUAUUUAUGCCUAUUAGGAACUUAACUCUUGUGAUUAAAUGCAAACAUUUAUGCUUUCUUUCGUUACCUUUUCACUGAUUCAAAACUUAUUUUAUAAUUGGUAGUUGUUUACUUGUAAACUUCGUUUUGUUUACGGUGUCCCUUUCCAAAGGGACACUUAAUUUUUGUUUUAUUCAGAGAGAAUAUUUUUUAUAUUUUAGCUCUUAUCGUUUGUAUUCAUUUUCUUAUAUUAUAGGAGAAUAAAUGUUCCGUAGUUUC